AUGACGGUCACGUGAAACAAUAAACAUGGCGGCUCCACCGAGGCUUGCAUGGUAUACUUUGAAACUCUGUAGUAGUCAAAUCAACGAUAAAAUAGUUAAGGGGAUUGUUGACCAUAGUCCCUAAUCGACCAGUUACUUUAAAACAAAUUCUUUAGACGUUCGACAUUACGCAGAAAUAACGUUUGUGUUUGUAAGUGGUUAGAAUAAAUAUACUCUACCGAUAUUAAUUGAAGGCAGAAUGUAUUAAGUUCUAUACGUCGGUUAUCUUCCAUAACCGUUAUUCACAAUACAGUUAAAAAAAAACAUUGUUUUGUCUUUCUCGUUUUACUGGUGAUUAAUCUUACUUUACUAAAAUUACACGAUUUAUCCACUUUUAAAAUCUGCUUCCUGCAGUAGUUAUUCUUAACAGCGAUGUUGCAGCUAUCCAAGGCGUGGUGUUUAUUUUGUUGAGACGUUUAAGUGCAUUUUGUACAUUUUAAAAUAUGGCAUACUCAAAAUCUUUAAUUCAGAUUGUAAACCUUGGACGAAUUUCUUACGGACAUGCCUUGCAAGUCCAGCAGAAAUACAUUCGUCACCACUUGGAUAACUUGAAUGUACAACAUCGUCCAAUAAUAAACACGUUGAUUUUAUGUGAACAUCCUCCGGUUUACACCAUUGGUAUCAGAAAUGCCCCUUACCCUAUAGAAGAGGAGGAAAGACUGAAAAGUUUCGGGGCCGAGUUUUUCCGUACAAAUAGAGGUGGACUUAUAACGUUUCAUGGCCCGGGACAGUUAGUUUGCUAUCCUAUUCUGAAUCUCGCUUGCUUCAAGAAGAGCAUCAGUUGGUAUGUUUGUCAGCUGGAAAAGACUUUGAUAAACCUGUGUGGCACGUUUGGGCUGAAGGCUUCUACCUCAUCUGAUACCGGCGUGUGGGUUGACAAUAAGAAAAUAUGUGCAAUUGGUAUCCACUGUGGCAGAUAUAUUACUUCACAUGGUUUGGCAUUGAACUGUAACACAGAUAUGACAUGGUUUAAGCACAUUGUACCAUGUGGAAUUGUUAAUAAAGGAGUCACCUCAUUGUCCCAAGAACUGAAGAGAGACGUUACUGUCGUAGAAGCCAUACCACCAUUUCUUGAUGCUUUUCUGGAGGAGUUUAACUGUACUUUAUCUUUUUCAGAGGAAGUGAAAUUGAAAGGAUUGGAAGAGUCAACCAAAAGAAUUAACAAUCAGUAAUCAUCGCUUGAUAAUUUUACAGUGCCUUGCAGCAUCACCUAAUGGUUAAAAGGAAUAAAGGAAUGUAGUGUCAAGAAUAUUGUACAAUUGUAUGCAAUUUGCAGUAGAUAAGUUUAUCCUUAUAAUGUACAAUAGGGGUUUUCAUUGGUAAACAUAACUUUCCAUAAAGUAUGUUAUAAGCAGUAGUUGCUUAUUGUUAUAAGUUGCAAACCUAUAAAUGAUGUACAUUUUAAAACAAAAAGAUACUAAAAUGUUCAUUACUCAUAUCAACUUAUAACACUUUGUGCCAUAAUGUUGUCACUUAAUACUUGGUAUUCCAGUCUUGUAAGAGGGUUUGAAAAUGUUACGUUAUGUUAUUUUGUUUCCCAUAUCUGUGAACAAAGCAGUGAAACAGAGUACAUGUUUCUUUUUUUUAAUUAAUGCUGUUUUAACCUUCCCUUUUACUACUUUAUAUACCACCAUAUACAGUAUACAUAUAUAUUCAAUUUUAAUGCCAUGUACAGUUUAGGCAUACAGCAUCAAACAUGUCAUGCUGUUAGUUUUAGGGUGUGAAAACUUAAAGAAGAACUUUUAUCUGGAACGUUGCUGGUUCAAAUUCUAUCCCUUACUGCCAGAGGGGAUCCUGUUCCGUUAGGCCCUGGAGCAAGGCCCUUAACCUGAAAAUUCACAUUACUGAGAAUAUAAGAAAAUGAAAUGAAUUAAUGUACAGUUUCCUCAUAAUGUUUAUGAUUUUUGUUUUUCACAGAUUAUAGUAAACAUCUGCUCAAUUUUUGCAAAUAUGAAUGAAUUAUGAAAUAAUAUGAAACGUAUACCUUUGAUUUAAAUGAUUGUAUUUUUUUUUUAAGUAUUUGUCUUAACAAUGCUUUCCUAUGGUAUCUGUCUAUAACAGAUUAGUGUUUUUGCUUAUGAUAAUUUAUUCAUUGAUUAUUUUGUGUGAUUAUUAAAAUAAAACUUCCAAUUUUUCUUUUUCAUUUGUUGUCUUUUAGGUGAAUGCAGCGAAAAUGUUAACAUUAAGAGAACAUGUCUUACUGCAUAUUUAGUUGAUGACUUUCCUUUAAAACAGGGUUGUCAAACUCAGGGCUUGGAGGGUCUUAGUGGCUGCAGGUUUUUGCUCCAGCCACUUUCUUAAUUAGGAAU